AUGGCUUGGCAUUUAUUAUUGUACAAUAGUUCAGUAGAGAAUUUAGCUGGACCGAUCCUUUCCCGACAUGCUAUCACAAAUCAAGAUGUUGAUCGUAUGGCUGGCACUAAAGACCGCACACGUGUUUGUCAUUUUGUUCGUGCACGCUUAUUAUCAACAAUGAAUUUUUUAUCAAUACGUUCAAAUCGUGAUGAUGUAUAA